UGUUGGGAUCCUAUAAAACAGCGAUUUCAGUGUUUUGGAAUCGGCUGCAACUAAAACUCUGCUUCUUUCUCUAUGUACUUUACUCUUUAAAACACUUUUCCCCGUACACUUCUCUCUUUCAAUUUCUUCUUCUUCUUCUGCUUCUUGUUUCUAUCUCUGCCUUGUUUUGCUGGAUAUUCACUUCCAAUCGCUCCUAAACUUGCCUAAUCACUUCUUAUUCCCCAUUAUUCCUAUUUCUUCUUCUUCCUGUUUCGUCACAAGUCUAUUAGCUUCCUCUUUAGGCUCUUUAACAUUCUUUUUCGAGUCUAUAAAUUAAGUUGCUUUAUUAAAAGUUCUCUCCUUUUAUUUCAACACGACUGUUGAAAUCUUGGAAGAGUACCAGGAGUUUAAUAGUGUUUUUGUCUUUCUGAAUCAGCCUCGCUCUUCCUUAUCUCCAAGUAUUAUUAGUCUUCUUCUUCACUGCUCUUUACCUUUUCUUUUUCUCUCUUUAUUCGCUGCUCCUUUGAUGUGAAUAUAGAAUCUUGGGUGAGAAAAAAAAAUCCAGAGAUGCUGGACCAAAGUAUCCUAUGUCCGAUGAAAUUCACAGAACACAAAAGAAUUACUAAAAAAUACACAAAACCAUCGUUAAAACCCAAAAAGCCAUCCUCCGAUGAAAGGAGUAGUUGUCGCUUAGAACACAUCCCACCAAGAGUUGUACGGAUAUCAGUUACUGACCCGGAUGCCACCGAUUCAUCCAGCGACGAAGAAGAUGAGUUGUUUAGCCGACAAAGAGUGAAGCGAUAUGUGAACGAGAUUAGCAUCGAAGCAGCUAGCACUAAAGAAACUAAUCUUGUUUCCAGUGGAAGAAAAAGAGCGGCUGCGAAUGAGCUACCAAACACAACACAAAGGCCACUUAAACUCAAUACGGCGCACAGUAAUGGAAGAAAGUUUAGAGGCGUUAGACAACGACCAUGGGGCAAAUGGGCUGCCGAGAUUCGAGAUCCUGCAAGACGUGUUCGUCUAUGGCUAGGAACGUAUGAUACAGCAGAGGAAGCUGCUAUUGUCUAUGACAAUGCUGCAAUCAAACUUCGAGGACCUGAUGCUUUAACCAACUUUAUCACACCACCAGGACGGGAACAAGAGCAAGAACAAGAACAAGAACAAGAAAAGCCAGAUACAAAUGUCACUUCCACUUCUGGUUAUGAAUCCGGUGAUGAGUCGCACAAUCUGUCGUCUCCAACUUCUGUACUCAAUUUCCAGGCUCAUUCUAUAGGAGAAUCCGAAUCACAAAAACCCGAAUCACAGGAACCGGAUGACAAAUCAAGAAUAGACAAUAAACCAGUAUUAACGGUUCAGGAAGUAGUACAGGAGUGCGAGGGUGAAACGAAUUCAACCGAAGAUUCAGCAGAAUAUCUAUUGCCGCUGGACUUGCCAUGGAUGGAAGAAGAGCCAUUUUUAGAUGAUAUUUUCAAUUUUCCAAGUACAGCACCAUCACUGCUGUUCGAUGAUGACACAAUCACUACGACAGCAAGCACCGCUUUGCAAGAGAGUAUUAUAUCGAAUGAAGAUUUUAUCAGCGACUUAUUUUUGGAUACUAUACCUCAAGACUUCGGUUCAUUCUCAAUGUCCCAUAAGGAGGAGGAUGACUUGUUUCAAGACAUUGGGGAUUUAUUCUUCUCCGAACCGCUAGUAGCACUUUGAGAAAAGAGUGAAAGAAGUUAGGUGUUUGGUUGCUGCCGUUUUGCUUGCUGAUUUCACGGCAAAUUUUGUACCGGCGGCAACAAGUUCCCGGCUAGUCUCUUUUUGUUAUUAGUAUUAUAAUACUAUUUAUUUGUUCAAAACAACUCCGUCGGAAAACAAAUGAACGGAGAGUGGAGUGAAGUUCUACUAAGAUUUUGUAUUUUAUUUUUAAUAUAAUAAUUAGAUAUGGAAGAGUGUAUCAUUUCGUUCUGA